AUCUGUUGUGCAAUUGUUCUAAUAGGUGUUGGCAGGUCAAGUGACAUUAGACGAAAACAACAAUGACAAAUUGCUAGCAUUGUUCGUGUUUUUCUGCACACGCCUAAUUGAUGAAUAACAGUUUUUCCAUAAGUGGGUGGUGGGAUUAGAAGGCAGCAGCAGAAGCAGUAGUGGUUGUAGUGAGGAAGAGUAAUUAAAAGGUGAUCAGAAACAGAAGCAGCAACGCACAGGAAGUCAUAGCCACCGCCGCCGAGAUCGAAACUAAACAAUUGGAGGAAAAACAAAUAAACAGAGCAAACAAAAAAGCAGAAAGGAUGUCGAAGAAGCCAACGGUGCAGCCGGCCCUGCACAAGGUGAUAAUGGUCGGGAGCGGCGGUGUCGGCAAGUCCGCCCUCACCCUUCAGUUCAUGUACGACGAAUUCGUCGAGGACUACGAACCCACCAAGGCCGAUUCGUACAGGAAGAAGAUCCUGCUCGACGGCGAAGACGUUCAGAUUGAUAUCCUGGACACGGCGGGGCAGGAGGACUACGCCGCCAUCCGCGACAACUACUUCAGAAGCGGCGAGGGUUUCCUCUGCAUCUUCUCCAUCACCGAGGACGAGAGUUUCCAGGCCACGCAAGAGUUUCGGGAGCAAAUUUUGCGCGUCAAGAACGACGAGAACAUCCCGUUUCUGCUGGUUGGCAACAAGUGCGAUUUGGAGGAUAAGAGGAAGGUCUCCUUCCAGGAGGCCAGCGACAGGGCUAAACAGUGGGGCGUCACCUACGUCGAGACAUCGGCCAAGACCAGGGAACACGUCGACAAGGUAUUCUUCGAUCUGAUGCGCGAGAUCAGAGCGCGAAAGAUGGAGGAGAACAAGACGAGCAACGGCAAGAAAAAGGACACCAGUAAGAAAAAGAAACUGAAGUGCGUCAUCCUGUAAGAAUAUUCGCUUUCGAGCUUCUUGCGGCCUGCGUGGUUGAUGAUGUCUUGAUGUAUAUGUGCGUAAGUGCGCGUGCGACGGGGUUGGGGGGGGAGAUCUGAUUUUGUUUCGUUUUUUUUAAGUUUUUGCAGCAAAUUGAUCACACACUACUACUACUACUAUUAUUAUUGUUUAGUCCGUAUGGUAAAAAGAAGAAAGCAGCACAACAUGUGUAUUUGCUUCGUUUGUCGUUGCAUCUAUGUGCUUGCUUAUUUUUUUUGUAUUCUUCAAAAUACGCACCACCUUUUCGCUUCGGUUCGAGUAUACUCGAGUGUUUUUUCGUGUACAUAUCAUUUCACUUCGGUUUCCUCCUCGGCUUACUUACGUUCGCUUAACGUGUGUGCUUGUGAUUAUGUGAACCACUCGAAGAUUAUAAGAUGAUAUUAACAAAUCAAUCAAUCAAAAUAAGGAAGAAAGGAAUGGGAAGCUAAAUACUCUUUCUGUUCAAUAUCUAUUCCAGAUAUCUCUUAGGUCGUCUCUGCAUUUGCUGUUAAUGAUAUAAGAAUAUUCCCAUAAAUAAUAAGCCUGAGGAAAAUAUUCCAAAAUCUCUAAAAACCUGCCACUUCGAAACCGAAACCGCUGUUCAACAGUUCGACUACAGUUUAUGUCCGGAUGUUUGGUCGAAAUAUAUUUAGUUACAGGCCUUAAAUAAAUAGAAAAACAAACAAACAAAUAUAUAAUA